AUGGAUCGGCGUCGAUAUAAUGUUCAAAGAACUAAUGAAGUUGCUGUUGUUUUUCGUACAACUUCUGAUGGAGAAAUUCCAGAAUCAUAUGUAACAAUACGUAAUAGAAAUACGAAAACUUUGCAAAAUGUUAGCACUAUGGAUUCAAAUGUUGAACCAUGGAUAUAUCCUCUGUUUUAUCCAUAUGGUACUCGAGGAUGGCAUCGUCAUUUAACAAAAUUAAAUAGCGAUAAACGAAUAACUCGGGGACAGUACAUUAAAUAUCGCAUGGCUAUUCGUGACGAAUUUAAUGUCUUUUUAUUAGGACGUCGUCUAUUUCAACAGUGGCUUGUAGAUAAUUACGUAAAAAUUGAAAAGGACAGAACAGAUUACUGUAAAACUCAUCAAAAAGAAUUACGCACUGAAACAUAUCAAGGAUUAAAAGAUUAUAUACAAAGUAUGGCAAAUAAUUUAAAUGGACAUAUUGGAAAGAUGGUUGUACUUCCUUCCACGUUUAUUGGAUCACCACGAAAUAUGUUACAAAAUUAUCAAGAUGCAAUGGCAAUUGUUAGUAAAUUUGGUAAACCAGAUCUUUUUAUUACAAUGACUUGUAAUCCAAAAUGGCGUGAAAUCGAAGAAAAUCUUUUGCAUGGUCAACAAGCUUCUGAUAGACCUGACAUUUGUGCACGUGUAUUCAAUAUUAAAAAAGAUUAUUUAAUUGAUUUGAUUGUAAAGCAAAAAUUUUUUGGUGAGGUAGCAGCCUUUGUGUAUGUCAUUGAAUUUCAAAAACGUGGUUUGCCACAUGUCCACAUGUUAAUUACUUUAAAACAUAAUUUUAAAAUAACAACUCCACAGAUCGUUGACAAAUAUAUUUGUGCUGAAAUUCCUGAUCCUUGUGAAAAUUAUAUUUUACAUAACAUAGUUAUGAAACAUAUGAUUCAUGGUCCUUGUGGCGAUUGGUGCUUGGUAGAUACAAAAUGUUCGAAACAUUAUCCAAAACCAUAUUUUGAAGAAACGAAAAUGGAUGAAGAUGCUUAUCCUUAUUAUCGUCGACGAAAUAAUGGUAAAAGUUUUGAACGUCCUGGUGGAUAUAUAGUUGAUAAUCGUUAUGUAGUUCCGUAUUGUCCUACUUUAUCGGUUAUAUUUAAUUGUCAUAUUAAUGUUGAAGUUGUUUCAAGUAUCAAAUCGGUUAAAUAUUUGUAUAAAUAUAUUUAUAAGGGACAUGAUGCUGCUACUAUUACAAUUGAACCAAUAACAGAAAAUGUAAUUAUAGAUCAUGAUGAAAUACGCGAUUUUAUAGAAGCUCGUUAUGUUGGGCCUGUAGAAGCAAGUUGGCGUAUUCUUGAGAAAAAAUUACAAGAUAAAAGCCAUAGUAUAGUACGAUUACCUGUUCAUCUUCCUAAUGAACAAAAUAUUAUAAUUGAAAAUGGAUCUGACGAAGAUACAAUAACUUCUGCUUUAAAUCAAGUUACUAUGCUAAUGGAUUAUUUUGCAUUGAAUUCUCGUGAUGAAGAAGCAAAACAAUAUUUGUAUAUAGAAAUUCCACGCUAUUAUACAUUUAAAAAAGAUAAAAUUAAUGGCAGAAAUGUAUCGUAUUGGAGUAAACGUAAAAAUAAUUAUAAUUGUAUAGGACGAAUGUAUUCCGUUAGUCCAACACAAAUAGAAUUAUUUCAUUUACGGUUAUUAUUACUCACUGUAAAGGGAGCUAAGAGUUUUAAUGAUCUAAAAACUGUAAAUGGAGAAGUUUAUCCAACAUUUUCAGCGGCAUGUUUAGCUUUAGGUUUGAUUGAAGAUGAUGAUGAAUGGAAACGAGCUAUGAACGAAGCUGUUGGCUGGAUGAUGCCAAGACAACUUCGUAGAUUAUUUGUACGUAUAUUGUUACAUUGUCAACCGUUGCAUCCUGAAGAACUUUGGGAAUAUUUUAAAGUAGCAAUGUCGGAAGAUUACGUUAGACACUUUGGAAUAUUACAAGGACAAAAGAAAGCAUAUGUACAAAUUAAUGUUAUGCUUUGUGCUGAAGGUAAGAGUCUUGCUGAUUUUCCACAAAUGGAGCAAUUGACAGAAAAUUAUGAAGAGGAUGAUAAUUACAUACCACUUGAAGAAGUUAUGGAAGUUGGUAGUAGACAAUAUGAACAAUUAAAUGACAAGCAGAAAGAAAUAGUAGAUCUUAUACUAAACAGAAUAGAUGAUGAUAAUAAUCAUAAUAGUAAUUGUUUUUAUAUCGAUGGUCCAGGUGGCUCAGGCAAAACGUUUAUUUAUACAACUAUUUAUCACUUAGCCAAAAUUCGUAAUAAACAUGUAUGUACUAUGGCUUUUACGGGCAUUGCAGCGACAUUAUUACCAGCAGGAAAAACGGUUCAUAAGACAUUUGGGUUGCCGGUUCCAUUAUUUGCUGAUUCAUCAUCUAGCAUUAAAGUGCAAUCAAAGGAAGCUCAAUAUUUGAAAAAAAUAGAUAUUUUUAUUUGGGAUGAAGCGCCAAUGGCACCACGAUAUGCUCUAGAGAUUAUGGAUCGAACAUUGCGUGACAUUAUGAAUAAUGACUUACCUUUUGGUGGAAAAAUUAUCGUACUAGGUGGUGAUUUCAGACAACUUCUUCCUAUUAAGAUUCAUGGUACGCGAUGUGAAAUCGUGAAUCUUUCUAUCAAAUUUAGUCCUAAUUGGAGACACUUUAUAAAUUUCUCAUUAACUGAAAACAUGCGAGUUUUUCGAGAGGAAACUGAAUUUGCAAAAUUUCUAUUAGAUAUGGGAAAUGGCAUGUUAAAUGAUUCUAAUGACAAUAUAGAACUUCCAGAUUGUUGUAUUGCACCCAUUAAUGCUGAUAUUGUAGAAGAUAUAUACGGUGAUUUAAUGCGAAAUAAAGAAUUUAAUAAAAUAGCGAAGUGUGUGAUACUUUCUGCAAGAAAUGCUGAUGUGAAUGAAAUUAAUAAACGAGUUGUUGAAUUAUUAGAUAUAUCUGAGGAACGAAUUUAUACAAGUAUAGACUGUACAGUAAAUGAUGACAAUGGUAAUAUUGGUGAAGCUCUGUUACCGGAAUAUUUAAAUAGUUUAUCUCCACCAUCUCUUCCUCCUCAUGAAUUGCGUUUAAGGCCAAAUUGCAUUAUCAUGCGAUAA